AUGUGUUGGCAUGCCUCAUGCGAGUGUCCUUGCCACGGCAUUGAAGCCAACACAGAGGAUGCAAAACCCGCCUUUUUCCCUGCAGUUCUCGCUGGCACUCCCAGGAGUCCGUUCUCCAAGGAAAAAGCGACGUCACCAAUGGGGAAAUACCAAGAUUCUCCGCUCAUUUUCUCCCGAGUGUCUUGGGCACCCAUCACAAGUCCUAACGAUACGGGCAGGCGGCGUGGCAGCGUCUUUGACAUGGUCCAAGAAGAUCAGCAGCAAUACAACCUCACGCCAAAGAAAUUGCCUAAUGUCGUCCUACCGCCCAUCAGCUGGCCACUCAAGUCUACGGACUUCGAGGGGGCGUCGUCGACACGCCGUGACAGCGCCUUCAGCCAGUGGAGUGAAGACGAGGAACAGGACGAAAUGCGAGAGAAGUUAAGGGCAUCUGCGUACCUCGAUCUCGUCGUUGAGGUGGAUGAAUACCUGAACCCGUACGGGAAGCGGAAGAGCAUUAUGGAGUCAGAGUCGUGGCCGCCUAUCCAGAGCAUUUCUUCACCGCUUCAGACGCCGCGGUGGGAGAGAGAUAUCAGUGAGUUUUACAAAAGAGACUCUCUGGUGGAAGGCGCAAGUGUGUCGGAUUAUGACGCAAACGAAAGUGGAUUGUGGUAG